CUGUUGACGUGGGUAGGGUUUGCUUCAGGUGGCUCUGGCUCGUGGCGGUCGUCGUCGCCGCUUUUCUAGUGAGAGUAGUUGUCGUCGAGAACCAAUUUUAGGAUUGAAGAGAGAGGGAACACUAAAAUGAUUUAAGUUUGUUGAUGAAUUAUUACUACAUCUCAGCCAUCAGAUGAAAUGGAUGGCUGAGAUUUAAUCGAUUUCAGAUGAGUUCAGCAAAACAAUUUCAGCCCCUCCCCCAUCCCGCUCAAUUUACAUACAAUGGCAUGAAAUGGUUAAAACUUAAAACCCUAAAUCCCAAAUUCACGAACGCCAACACCAGAAGCCCCUAAAAUCCAUUAAGGGAAAAGUCCAGUCAUCGGAGACGACGAUGCUCGUGGUCAGACGACUCGCAACCUCACUCAUAAGCCACAGCAAGCAGCCCAUUUUCACUCCUGUACAGAACCCACUCCAUUUGCAAUCCGUACAAUCCCGUCAAUGCCCUAACCUGAUUUCGGGAAAUGGAUUCCUGUCGGGUGUAAGGGCGUACAGCCUGUUGAGCCUGAAUGAUUUGAGAGACAAGGUCCCCAGGAAGCAGAAGACGAGGAAGGGACGUGGUAUCGGGUCUGGGAAGGGCAAGACUGCAGGGAGGGGUCACAAGGGCCAGAGAGCCCGUAAGGGCAUAAAGUUGGGUUUCGAAGGAGGGCAGACCCCUAUGCGUCGCCGCUUGCCCAAGCGCGGCUUCAAGAAUCCCUUUAGCCUCACUUUUCAGCCUGUAGGGUUGGGGAAGAUUGCAAAACUUAUAAAUGCAGGAAAGAUAGAUUCUCAUGAAUUGAUCACAAUGAAAACUCUCAAGGAUACUGGGGCCAUAGGGAAGCAGAUAGAAGAUGGUGUGAGGCUGAUGGGACGUGGUGCUGAGCAGAUCCAAUGGCCAAUUCAUCUGGAGGUCUCGAGGGUGACUGUUAGGGCAAAGGAAGCUGUUGAGGCAGCGGGUGGUUCUGUUAGAAGAGUUUAUUACAACAAGUUGGGCUUCCGGGCAUUGCUGACACCUGAGUGGUUUGAAAAGAAGGGCAGGUUGUUGCCAAAAGCAGCCCGACCACCACCAAAACAGAGAGAGAAAGUUGAUAGCAUUGGUCGCCUGCCUGCUCCGACAAAACCUAUUUUAUUUUUUACUGACCAAAGUGAUGCAGCCUCCCCAUCUUCUGCCUGAUUAUGUGAUGCAUUAUGUUUCUUGCUUACAUUCAAAUUUUGUGUUUUGAUUACCAGUCGAUUAUGUAAUUGCAAUUGUUUCUAUAAUUCCCCUUACUUUUGUUGAAUUCAAUUAACCAUUUAUCUAU